AUGGAGGCUUACGGCUGGUUCUUGACCACGCAGGCCGUCCAAUGGAUCUGCCUCCUUCUUUCCCUCUUCGUCAACGUCCUCCUCCUGCUCAUGAUCAACAUGAACAGCCCGGCAAACAUUGGACAAUAUCGAUAUCUCAUGAUUUCAUUCUCACUUUUCUGCCUCUUUUUCUCAAUGAUUUCCGCGCUCGGACAUCCGGUAACUGGUAGCCCGUUCUUGUUUCGUUUUUCAACAAUAAACCGUUUUAGACGAUAAUAGCGCGAGGAACUUGUUUUAUAGUGUUCAGCGCCAUCGAGAAGGACACUUUGACGGCGCCAUUGAGAUGGUUUCUCAUCAGUGAGCCAUAUGAGUUCCGACCUUUAUAAAUGUAUAUUAUAGUAAUGUUUUUAACCGUCUGUGCCGUCUCCAUUUGCCUCAUCGCCAUUCAGUUCGUCUAUCGCUAUUUUGUCAUGUGCCGGUGAGUUUCUAGAGACAUUUUUCAACCAAACGAUGAUAACUAUGUACUAAACGAAAUAAAAUGCCCAGAAUCACGGUCUCCAGAGCUGACAAUGGGCGCAAGUGCGCACCGCGCAAUAGAGCGAUACAUUGGCGCGAAAUUCAAAUUUUAACAGCAAAAUUUGUGUUUUUUGUCAGAUUAGCCACGAAAAACCGAUAAUUUCUCAUUUGUCUCUCGAUAGACCGAUUGUAUAGGCUAUUACGAAUUUUUUAAGCGCAAAAGCGUUAAAUUUAGUCAAGUCGCAAAUCACAUUUAUCCGUUUGAGGGUUUUUGGCUAAAACUGCGUGAAUUUCAAUUGCUUUUCGGUAAUUUUCGCUGUUCGAGCGCUCAAAAUGCUUGUAUUUACGUGAUUUAUCAUUCUCAAAACCAAUUCUGUCGGAAAACGGUCAAGAAAACGCAAAAUGAAAAGUGCGGUUUUUAGGGGGAAAAAAAGACAAAAUUUCGAAAAAGCGUAAUCCGCGAAAAAUGCGCCAAAACGUCAUUAAUUCCAAGAAUUAGUGUGUUUUAAUGUCGAACAUGCAUUUUUCAUCGCAUUUGACCACAAAAAUCAGAGAGAAAACCUGCUCAAUUUAUCGAAAAAAAAAAUCGAAAUGAUAGUCUCAGAAUUUAAAUUUUUGUCGAGAAAUUCAAAUUAGCUAAACUUCCCCCCAACCGGCCCAUCCGCAAGUCCUCAGACCUUCGUCACUCCGUCACUUCUCGGGCCGCCGUCUCCGCUACUGGUACCUGGGCAUCCUGUUGGUUCUCGUCGAUUGGAUAGCUCUAUGCGUCGGUCCGGCUCGAAGACGCGCCGAGAACACCGAGUUCAUGCGAGAUACGCUGCUCACCGGUCUCGGCAUCAAAAUCGAGGACGUCGAGUAUUUGGGUGUGAAUUUCAUUCGGAUUGACGAGUUCGGAGUGGAAGUUUACAAUCGUGAAGCCGUCGUGUUGACAGUCAACGUAUUGAUUGUUCUGGUAAGUCUAUCGUUAGCACACAUCGCAUUCGGCCUCACGACGUUUAGGCAAUCGUAACGUGCAUCAGCGUCUAUUGUGGCGUCAAAACCUAUCGAAAAUCGUUGCAAAUCGCUGUCGACGCCUUCAACAAUCAGAUAUUCUACGCGUUGAUCGCCCAAACGUCCAUCCCGUUCGUCUUCAUGUUCCUUCCGAUUCUCAUCAUCGUCUGUGCUCCCCUACUGAACAUCGACGCCGGAGUUCUCAUCGAUUUCUGCACAAUGAGCAUGGCCGUUUAUCCGAUUUUGGAUCCGUUGGCCGUACUUUUGAUUGUGAGAAAACUACCGGAAAAGUCUAGUUCGUAAGUUUUCGGAAAAUGCAAAAAAAAACGUCUAAUCUGGUGAUUUCAGCAAUGUUGAAACUCAACAAAUGGCGAAAAAUUGUAAAGAGAAAACUGAUGGCGAGCAAUCACAUUACUGUUGA